ACUCAUCAACCGCGCAGUACCGUUGUCCGAGCCUACUGUCUUUUAUAAACGACUACCGUUGUCUUCCCUACCGUUGUCGAUGGUUUUUGCACUCAGUUGGCCAAACGUCAAAAAUAGCUCCCAUUAUCUUUUGAAUCGAGAGUCAGAUUUGGUGGAGUAUUUCUCUCAGCAAUUAGAACAAGAUGAAGUUGGACCGGGGUUGGAUGUGGUGCAUGCUGCUCCUGCUCUCCCUGGCUCUGGCUGCUGUGGCAGCCCAGGAGGAGGAAGAGGAAAAGGAGGUUGAUGUGUCUGAUGUUUCAGAUGAUGCUAUGGGCUUGGAUGAGGAAGAGUUAAAGGUUCUGAUGGGGGGAGAGGAGGAGGAGGAGGAGGAAGAGGAGGAGGAGGAGGAGAAGGGAGAAGAGGCCACUGUGAUGGAUGAUGACGACUUCGAUGAGGCAGAUGGCAGAAGCACUGAAGGAGGGGAGACUGCAUCGGAUGGAAAUGUCUCCUUCCAGGUAACAUACAAGACUCCUGUUCCAACUGGAGAAGUCUAUUUGGCCGAGACGUUUGAUGAUGGAUCACUGGACAGAUGGCAGCUAUCAAUGACGGUGAAGGGGGAUGCAGAUGAAGACAUUGCCAAAUAUGAUGGGAAGUGGGCUGUGGAGCAGCUGAAGGAAAACAAAGUUCCAGGAGACUUUGGUCUUGUUCUCAAGUCCCGCGCAAAACACCAUGCGAUUGCUGCCAUGUUGAACAAACCUUUUGUCUUCCAGGAUGAACCUUUGGUUGUACAGUAUGAGGUGAAUUUCCAAAAUGGAAUAGACUGUGGUGGAGCAUACAUCAAACUCCUUUCUGACACUGACGAUCUCAGUCUGGAACAAUUCCAUGACCGCACAGCGUACACUAUCAUGUUUGGACCAGACAAGUGUGGUGAAGAUUACAAGCUGCACUUCAUCUUUCGUCAUCUAAAUCCUUUGAACAAAGAUCUGGAGGAGAAGCAUGCGAAGAGGGCAGAUGUUGACCUCAAGAAGUUCUACACUGACAAGAAGACUCACCUCUACACUUUGGUUCUGAAUCCAGACAACAGCUAUGAGAUGUUCAUUGACCAGUCCAGUGUGAGUCGUGGCAGCUUGUUGCAUGAUGUGGUGCCUCCAGUUAACCCAGCCAAAGAGAUGGAUGAUCCGAAUGACUCCAAGCCAGACGACUGGGAUGAGAGGGCGAAGAUCCCUGACCCUGAAGCAGUCAAGCCUGAUGACUGGGAUGAAGAAGCGCCAGCAAAGAUCGAUGACCCUGAUGCGCUGAAGCCAGAGGGCUGGCUGGAUGAUGAACCAGAGUUUGUUCCUGACCCUAACGCUGAGAAACCAGAGGAUUGGGAUGAGGAGAUGGAUGGUGAGUGGGAAGCCCCGCAGAUCCCUAACCCAGCCUGUGAGACUGCCCCUGGCUGUGGGGAGUGGAAGCGUCCCAUGAUCAACAACCCUCAAUACAAGGGCAAAUGGAAAGCACCUCUGGUGGACAAUCCCAACUAUCAGGGAGUCUGGAAGCCACGCAAGAUCGAUAACCCGGACUAUUUUGAGGAUCUGCAGCCCUUCAGGAUGACACCAUUCAAGGCUCUGGGCUUAGAGCUCUGGUCCAUGACCUCAGAUAUCUACUUCGACAACUUCAUUAUCACAUCUCACAAAGAGGUGGCUGACCGGUGGGCCUCUGACAGCUGGGGGCUGAAGAAACUGGUGGCCAGUGCUAACGAGCCUGGGAUUUUUGCUCAAAUGAUGUUAGCAGCAGAGGAGCGGCCAUGGCUUUGGGUGAUCUACAUUCUGACUAUUGGCCUGCCUGUAGGACUAACUGUGCUCUUCUGUUGGCCAAAGAAAUCUGAGGAAGACUAUGCCUACAAAAAGGUGGAUCCUCCCCAGGCUAGUGUUGAAGAUGAGGAGGAAGAAGAAGAAGAGGAGGCAGCAGCAGAUGAGGAAGGCAAAACAGCAGAGGCUACAGAAGAAGCAGCAGCCGCAGAAACAGAAGAGGCUGAGGAGGGAGAGGAGGACAAGGAGGAUGAGGAAGCUGAAGCAGCAGGCGACAAUCUAGAAGGAGAUGAUGAGGAGGAGGAGGAAGAGGAGGAGGAAGGAGAAGAGGAAAGCAAAGCUCCAGAGAGAACGUUAGAAGAUGAGCCAAAGGAGGGAGGAGACAUUGCUGAGGAAAGUCACAAACAAUCUGUGAGGAAAAGGAGGGUACGGAAAGACUGAAGAAGUGAACCCCCUUGUCUACGGUCUCCUUGCGCCCGUGAUGUGGAGGAGGUAGAAGGGCCCUCUGCUGCUGCUCCCCGCUUUCUGAGCUGAGCAGCAUGAAUUUCCUCCAAACCCACCGGUAGCCUGCAGUCACCCCGGCUGCCCCAUUCAUAUCUCCUCCUUCCCCUCUGCUAAACUCACCACAGGCUUGCAAUCUCCAAACCACAUCUUGUCUCAUCUCACCCGUCCUUCCAUCUCCCCUCUCCUGUUUGUCUGCUUGUUGAACUAUCAGAUCUACAGAUAAGGGAUGAAAUUAUUUUCCUCCCUAUGAAAAUGUCAUUUUUCAAAAGUAUUUCCCAAGUACUGUCAAACAGAGCAAGGAAUUUGUAACACAGCUUUCUAUACUGUGUGUAAACUGAAAGAUGGCCCUCAGUUUUGAUUUGAUUUUACAAGCUUUGAACAGUGGUUUGUGCUAUGUAUAACAAAAAGGUCAGUUCCAAGCUAGGCGAUUCUAACUUUUGCUCACUAACAUAAACAGAUAAGCAUGACCGACACAGCGAGGCACGUCAUGACUCAUAGACAAAUGGGUUGAAUCAAAACAGGUGACUUAUGGAGUUAUUGCUUAUUUCACAAACUAUGAACUUAUAUUGAGGCAAACCGUUCUCUCUAGGCUCACUCUAGGCUCUCUGCUGUAAAGAGGUAAAUACGGAGUGUGUGACAUGAAAGGAGUCAGGGCGCCCUCUAUUGGAUAAAUAAUAGAACAGACAUCACAUCUAAGCAAAACCACAAUUUUCACUACACUUUAUUAGUGAAACACAAAUAAUAACAUCAGCAUCUAUCUGUCAACUUAUGGCUGAUUAACUACUAUUUUACUAGGCCCUAAUCAGCCAGCAGAUUCAUCGGUCAGGCCCUAAAAAUUUAAAAUGUCUUUCUUUGUUUAACAGCACUUGGGAAAUGCUUUUAAAAAUGUAAUUUUCAUAGGGGGGCUAAUGGUUUCAUCUUCAUCGAUAUCCCAUUGAGAUUUUGUGCAGUUUGCAGUUUUCCCCUCUUUCUUGUGCUUCUACCCCCCCAUUUCUCUUCCCUUUUCCUUAUUGUCUAAAUGCCUGCCUAAGAAGCCUUGCCUCCUUCCCCCUCAGUUCCUGUUUUCUGGUCUCUGUUGUCAGUCUUGUCUCUAAAUAUAUGCCAUCGUAGCUCAACCAGUGUCUCCUCUCUGAGUGAGGGCAGCAGCCAUUCUGCUGUCAUGUAGUCGUUCAUACCAUUAUACAAUCUUAGGGGCCACAUCUCAGAUGUAAGACUUUAUUCUCGUUUCCUUUGUUUAAAAAAACAAAGUCUGUCUUGCUCAAAGUUGUUUGGGGAGGAGAUAAAGCAAAGCUGCAAAGAGCAGCUGUUUGAGAUAUUGUGGCAAUGUCAGAACAUUUUUGCUGAUAAAAUUGCCUCUGCUUAGGUUAAAAAUUUUAUCUCUUUAAAAAAUAGAUGAUCUGUUUAGUUACAGUAGUUUGUACAGAGCAACAGUUACUUCUUUUUUGACUAAAUUAUAGCAGUUUGAGAACUGAGGACUAGCACUGGUAACACUAUUUAUUGGUAUGUUUUAGUUUGUUUUAUGCCAGUAUGAAUUUAAAAAUGCAGUGUUGAGUGAAACAUGAUUCACCACUGAUGUCUAGAAUCUGAGCCUAGGUCUGUUUGAAUUGCUUUACUGAUGUAAAGUUAUGAUCAAACAUCGACUUUGUAAGCACUAGUGGCGUAAACAAGUCAAAGCCUUGACCACCAGGUGUCAAUAAGGCAUUUAAGUAUGUUGGUUCAGCCUCAAAGCUGUGAAGACAUUUCUCAUUCAGUCAGUACACUGCAGUGAUUUCCCACUAUAUCUAGAAUAAUGCAGUUCAGAUGCUGGACUUUUGCCUGGAAAAGAUGUUAAUGCUAAUUUAUUUGUUUUUUUAUUAUUAUUAUUGUAUCAAGCUUUUGUAGUUCAUGAUUUUUGC